AGAUGAAAGCUUGUGCCAUCACUGCAAUUACCUGUCAGUGGUAGAAACUGGACAGAGUGGACUGUCUUGAAAAAUGGAAUACCCCAAAGCUUCAGCCACAAGCUAUCACAAAUGACCACAUACCUUCUCUCCUGGAUUUUCUCACAGCGACCUUAUGCUUGAGUUUGUGAAUCUAGUAUUGCAUUAAAAGUAUUUAGUUGUUUUGUCAUGAAGAUAAUCUGGAGACACACCACAAACAAGCUAGCCUUGCAGAUUUUAGGAGCAGCAGGCAUAGCUGAUGGUGUAGUCGUCCUCUUGUUGGCAGUGACUCCACGACCUCUGCUGACAUCGUCAGAUAUCUGAGUAUCAGUAAAACACAUGUCCUCAUCAGAGAUUCAACACAGCAGCAGCCACAAAAUUGUCUAAAAUGAGCACACACCCAUAGCUUCGCCACGCCAGCGUUGCUGUGGCUGGCCGUCACAGGACGGCCAUCAUCUCCUGCCAUGACCCGGCUGAUGUUGGGCCGGACUCUGGAGCGUAUCUGCAAAGGCGUCCUGUUGCUUUGCCUGCUCCAUUUCCUCAUCAUGAUGAUUCUGUACUUUGACGUGUACUCUCAGCGUUUCGACCUCUUCAGCCGCUUCAACAACGGCCGAAAUGGAUCCAGGAACAACGUUAGUGGAACCGGGAGUGGACAUCAUUAUUACUACUACAACCUCUCAAGGCCCAACGCAACGUUCGCCAGCUACCUGGCUACAGGCGAGCAGCUGGCGCAGAGCAUGCAACCCGAGAACAAUCAGACUCCUUCUCCCAAACCUCUGCCACCAUGUCCUGAGAACCCACCAGGUCUUGUGGGGCGGUUGCUGAUUGAGUUCAGUUCCCAGAUGACGAUGGAGCGAGUGCAGAAAGAAAACCCCAACGUUACAGAGGGAGGCCGAUACACCCCCCCGGACUGCCGGCCAAGGUGGAAGGUUGCCAUCAUCAUUCCAUUCCGUCACAGAGAAAAUCACCUGAAGUACUGGCUCCACUACCUCCACCCUAUCCUCAGACGGCAAAAGAUUAACUACGGCAUCUACAUCAUCAACCAGUUGGGCGAGGACACCUUCAAUCGAGCAAAGUUGUUGAAUGUCGGCUACACGGAGGCUCUGAAGGACGCAGAGUAUGACUGCUUCAUCUUCAGCGACGUGGACCUGAUCCCGAUGGAUGACCGCAACCUGUACCAUUGUUACGACCAGCCAAGACACUUUGCCAUUGCAAUGGACAAGUUCGGCUUCAGGUUGCCUUAUGCUGGCUACUUUGGAGGCGUUUCAGGACUCAGUAAAAAGCAGUUUCUGAAAAUCAACGGUUUUCCAAAUGAGUACUGGGGCUGGGGAGGGGAGGACGAUGACAUUUACAACAGGAUCACUCUGAACGGGAUGAAGGUGUCCAGGCCCGACGUCCGCAUCGGCCGCUACAGAAUGAUUAAGCACGAGAGAGACAAACACAACGAGCCCAACCCGCAGAGAUUCAACAAAAUCCAGAAUACGAAGAACACGAUGAAGAAGGACGGCAUCAGCUCCCUGACCUACAAACUGCUGGAGGUAAAGAAGUAUCCUCUCUACACAAACAUCUCCGUGGAGAUCGGCAAGCCGCCGCCUCGGCCCGUCAAAGGCUAGGGAGGUGAGAGGAAGGUGACGAUGAGGAGGGUGGUGCACGCUGACUGACAGAGGAGCAGGAACAUCUGGAGCGACCGGGGACGG